ACUACGGGCUGCGGGAAGCGAGUUGGGUGGCCCGUGACGGACGGAGAGGGGCCGACGGUCCGCGGGUGGCAGCGCGGCCCGCAUGGCGGCGCCCAGGAGCGGCCCGCGGACGCGGGAACGGGCUCGGACCGACGCAGGUAGCGAUCAAGUUCACUCCUGGACACUAGUAACAAGCCAAGUCAUCAGUACGGCCUGGAGAAUAGCAACCGCCUCUGUGAUGGUGGCACUCUUGUUUCUGACAACUACCCUUGGCUACUUCAGAAGGUUGUACAUAUAUUUAGGCCACUGGCUGAAAUGGUGGAUUGGAUAUUUGCAGAGAAAAUUUAAAAGGAACCUCAGUGUGGAGGCAGAAGUUGAUUUGCUCAGUUAUUGUGCAAGAGCGUGGAAAGGCGAAACACCUCGUGCCAAACUGAUGAGGAAGGCUUAUGAGGAGCUGUUUUGGAGGCACCGUAUUAAAUGUGUUCGGCAAGUGAAGAGAGAUAACUAUGAUGCACUCAGAUCAGUGUUAUUUCAGAUAUUCAGCCAGGGCCUCUCUUUUCCGUCCUGGAUGAAAGAAAAAGACAUUGUUAAGCUUCCUGAAAAGCUGCUCUUUUCUCAAGGCUGUAACUGGAUCCAGCAGUACAGUUUUGGACCAGAGAAGUAUACAGGUUCAAAUGUGUUUGGGAAGUUACGUAAAUGUGUGGAACUAUUGAAAAUGCAGUGGGCUGAGUUUAGUGCCAUGAGAGAUUACCACAAGAGAGGGAACAUGUGCAACGCACUCUUCUCAGACGCCCUCCUAGAGUAUAAACUGUACGAAGCUUUGAAGUUCAUCAUGCUCUACCAGGUCACUGAAGUCUACGAACAAAUGAAGGCUAACAAGAUCAUCCCCGGUUUGUUCAGACUCCUGUUUUCCAGGGAGUCAUCUUCAGAUCCUUUGAGCUUCAUGAUGAACCACCUGAAUUCCAUUGGUGACACUUGUGGAUUGGAGCAGAUUGAUAUGUUCAUACUGGGAUAUUCGCUUGAGGUAAAGAUAAAAGUGUUCCGGCUGUUCAAGUUUAACUCCAGAGACUUUGCUGUCUGUUACCCAGAAGAGCCUCUUAAGGAGUGGCCAGAGAUCUCCCUGCUGACUGAGAAUGACCGCCACUACCACAUUCCCGUCUUUUAAGUUUGCCAUGGACUGGGCACCAGCUCUCAUCAAUGACAGUGGUCACAUUUUCAAGUAAAAUAUUUCUGAGAAACGAGUUACUGUUUCAACUUUGGAAGGAAUGACAACCUUCUCUGAACUUACAGGAACAAUGAGGGCAGGAUGCUUUGCCUUUCUCUUUCAGUAAAUUCCUGCAGAGCAACACUGAUCUACUGGAAGUUGGUGGGUUGACCUUGUUCAUAAGGAAUCUUUAAGACAGAAGGAACUUAAUAUGGACAAAAAUAGGAGAGAAAAGCAGGAACUUCUGUUCUUCAGUAACACUGCCAAUAUGGGAUGAUCA